AUGAGAUCAUGGAAUGAUUCUAUCCAUUUCUGCAACUGGACAGGUAUAUAUAUUGUGUGCGGUCAAAAGCACAAAAGAGUUAUUGCCAUCUCUUUGUGGUCUAGGGGACUUUCUGGUUCAAUAUCGCCUACAAUUGGUAACCUGUCCUUUCUUAGGGUGAUUCUCUUUCACAAUAAUCACUUCACGGCCAAUCUCCCUCAAGAAAUUGGCAGGUUAUCAAAAUUACGGAGGCUAGGACUUAGAAAUAACUCUCUGUCAGGUGAAAUUCCUAUGAAUCUAUCUCGGUGUCUGAAUCUUGAAGAACUUGAUCUUGGAGGGAACAAUUUCAUAGGGAUUUUUCCUAAUGAGUUUGAAUCACUCACUAAGCUUGUAUACAUAACCCUUGACCGGAAUAACCUAACGGGAGAAAUACCCAAGUUUAUAGGAAACUUUACAUCCCUUGAACUUACAUCCCUUGAACAGAUAUCUGCGAAGUCAAAUAAUUUCCAUGGAAGCAUUCCAGAUACUCUAGGCCAGUUAUCCAAAUUAUCUUUUCUUGGGUUCCCAUCAAAUAUGCUUUCAGGCAUUUUACCAUCUUCAUUUUUUAAUCUUUCAUCACUCACAAUAAUAAAUCUGCCUCAAAAUUUGAUUGGUGGGAAUCUUCCUGCAGACUUUGCACAAAGAUUUCCUAGACUUAUAUUUUUAAACCUUCCUAUAAACAAAUUUACUGGACCUAUUCCAGUCUCAUUAUCUAAUGCCUCAAAUCUUGAAGAGCUAGCACUUGGUGACAACUUAUUCACUGGCACAGUGCCUAGUUUUGAUCGGCAAACAAGAUUGACAUGGUUUGCAAUUGGUGAUAAUAAACUUGGGAAUGGAAAAUCUGACAACUUAAACUUUGUAUCAUCUUUGGCCAACUGUACUAACUUAACGUAUUUGGGUUUCGGUGCCAACAAUCUUGGAGGUGUACUGCCGAAAUCAUUGUUCAACUUUACCCAACUCACUCAACUAAUAGUAAGGGGAAGUUUAAUAUCGGGGAAUAUCCCCUCUGACAUUGGACAGGUAGUUAACAUUAACAGACUAAUUCUAAGCAACAACCAAUUCAUUGGAAGAAUUCCCAAAUCGAUUGGGAAUCUCAGAAAUGUGGUUGAAUUGUCACUCCAUGAUAACUCAUUAUCAGGUUCCAUACCAUUCUCAUUGGGAAAUCUCACGCUAUUGAGUCAACUGGGUGUAGAUUAUAACAAUCUUGAGGGAACUGUUCCGUAUAGUCUAUCAAACUGUAGGCAGUUGCAGCUGUUGCUACUUAACCACAAUAAUCUCAGUGGUGACGUACCUAAAGAGAUAUUCAGUCUAUCUAGCUUGACAGAAUCUCUUGACCUUUCUGAUAACCAUUUUGCGGGUUUUCUUCCUUCUGAAAUAGGCAACUUAAAGAAUUUGGUUUCUUUUAAUAUUUCAAACAACAUGCUAUCUGGGGUAAUUCCACCUAGUCUUGGAGCAUGCACGAGUUUGGUUGUAUUAUCUAUAUCAAGAAACACCAUCCAAGGAGAAAUUCCUGCUACUUUUAGCUCACUGAGAGGACUAAGUAGUGCUGAUUUUCCCCUCAACAACUUAACAGGGAAAAUACACCUUGGAGAUUUUGCAUCUCUCAAAACUUUAAAUUUAUCUUUUAACAGUUUCGAAGGAAAGCUGCCUGUACUAGGAGCUUUUACAAACACAAGCAUCGUUUCUGUUAAUGGGAAUGCAAAUCUUUGUGGUGGUAUUCGAGAAUUUCAGUUGCCUGAAUGUACCCUUGAAGAAUCAGCAAGGAAAAACCAAAUUCCCCAUUCCUUACAAAUCAUCAUUCCGGCCGUAAGUGUGAUAUUUUUCCUAAUUAUAGUAGUAAAGUCUUAUUUGGUUUACAAACGAAAGUACGGUAAGAAGGCUUCUCCAGAGAGUGACUCCAAUAUCGAAAGUUUUCCACAAGUAUCUUAUAGAAACUUAAAGAAAGCAACCAAUGGCUUUUCUUCAGAAAACUUAAUAGGUUCUGGGAAGUUCGGUUCUGUUUACAAGGCCAAUCUAUCUGAAAAAGAUAGCCCACAACUUGUUGCUGUCAAAAUUUUCAAGGGAAUGACUUCGAGGCUCUCAGCUAUUCUUAUAUGGUCAAUGGGAGUUUGGAAGACUGGUUGCAUCAUAAUCCGGUAG